AUGAUGGAGAUCGUAGAGUAUACUACGUUGAUUGUUUGCAACGGAACUAUUAAAAUGGAACCUCGCAGUGUCGCCCUUUACGACGAACAGGUUAUAACCCCGGUGCGAAGAUUCGUCAGCAUUUCUUCAAAAAUCAGCCCUGAAGUUGCUGAACUGGGCGAUUUGGUGAAUGCGGCGUUCAGCGCUCAGAAAAGCUUUAUUGGCACUGCCAUGCAGACGUCAAACCCGACCAAGGAGCAGCUUCUUCAGUUGCUUCGGCCGACGUCAGAUAAGAUCGAUGCCAUCAUGGACCUCAGGAACUCGAAACGAAGCAGUGCCUUUUUUAACCACUUGUCGACUAUAAGCGAAAGCAUACCCGCUUUGGGCUGGAUCAAUGUGGUACCUGCUCCGGCGUCGUUCAUCAAGGAGAUGGAGGAUGCGUCUCAGUUCUAUGCAAAUCGCGUCUUGAAGGACUUUAAAGACAAGGACCCUAUUCAUGCUCACUGGGUCAAAGCAUGGACUGAAGUUCUGACGAACUUGUACAACUACGUCAAGACGAAUCACACCAGUGGAUUAACGUGGAAUUUGAACAAGGUGCGGUUUGAAAUCACUUCUUUCACGCGUGAGAGCCAUUUCGAUAAAAAUAAAGUUGCAUAAUC